AUGGUGGAUGCUGGUGUUAAUGAGUGCAAUAACACCAUAAAUGGAAGGAACCAAUUUGUGUUUCUCGUAUUUGUGCAUUUACUUCUCAUUGGACUGAAUGGAACAAAUGCACAAAACCGAGCACCCCGCAUCAAGGAACACCCUUCAAACACAGUGUCGGGGCGCAGUGAGCCUGCGACCUUAAGAUGCGUAGUGGAAGGUAGACCUAAACCUCAUGUGCAAUGGUAUAAGGACGGAUCUCCUUUACCACCAGCUGAAGAUGGACAUAGGGUCCUGUUGGAAGAUGGACUACUAUUUUUAAGGGUGAACCGUGGUAAAAAGGAGAGCGACGAAGGCAUAUACUGGUGCGUGGCACGCAACUUGGCUGGCGAAGCCGUCAGUCACAAUGCCUCGCUUAACGUCGCCGUUCUACGUGAUGAAUUUCGAGCAGAGCCAAGAGAUGUUCGUGUGGCUGCUGGAGAACCAGCUUUAUUGGAAUGCUCACCCCCUCGAGGGGUUCCAGAACCUUCGGUUCACUGGCUCAAAGAUGAACAAUCAUAUGACGUUGAAGUUAAUGGCAGGGUAACAGUAACUGAUACAGGAAACUUAAAGAUCUUAGAAACGUUACCAACAGACAGCGGUUUGUUUAGGUGUGUGGCAUCAAACAUCGCCGGUGAAAGGCAAUCGCGAGCCGCAGAACUAACUGUUUUAAGACGACCUCACUUUGUUGUUAAACCUAGUAACGUAACAGCUUUGGUUGGGCAAACUGUGGAGUUUAACUGUCAGAGUUAUGAUGCGAGUGUAAAAAUAUCAUGGGUGAAAGAAGACGGCUCGUUGCCUUCCCAUGCAACAAUAAUCCGAGGGCUAUUAAGACUGGAGCAUGUGUCCGCUACAGACGCCGGCGUCUAUUCCUGCCGCGCCGACAGUCACGCUGGCACGAGUAUCACCAGCGCCACACUCACAGUUUACUCCUUACCACACUUCACGCAAAUACCGUCCAAUCUGACCGCAUGGGAGGGCGAUGUGGUUUCCAUUCCAUGUGAAGCUAAAGGCUUACCUACACCAACGACCUUUUGGAUUCUCGAGGGGAUUCAAGAUUCUUUACUUUUCCCGGAAUGUACGAAAAGUAAUACGAGCUUAUUAUAUUUGGAUGGGGCGCGGUCUGAACACAGUGGGCGAGUGAUUUGCACAGCUGUCAACGCAGCUGGUAGUAUUAUGCAAGAGGCUUAUCUUAAAGUGUUAAAAAAAGGAAACAAUGAACUAAAAGAACCUUCUUUGGAUCGUGAAUAUAACGUAGAUUAUGAACGUCAGACGCGCAUGACGCAAUAUGAGCUUGUUCAAGCAAGGAAAUAUUUGCAACAAAAUGUGUUAGUUCUGAGAAGGGUAGAGGCAUUAUCGUCCACGUCUUUAAAGGUUGUUUGGGAUGUUUUAACCGACUACAAUGAGUAUUUGGAAGGUGUAAAGAUAUGGUACAAUGGAACAACACUCAAUUGGCGUAAUGCAACUGAUGACGAAAUUACUUUAUUAAAUCCGGCGCAUCCCGACGUCCUGUGCUCAAACGGAUCCUUGAUGAACAUUGACAAUAGUGGAUCAUCAAGUUAUAUACUCACGGGCUUGAUGGCUUAUACCCAGUACGAUAUAUUCUUGAUGCCGUUUUACAAGAUGUUGCUUGGUAAGCCAUCAAAUUUGAUGACGGGGUAUACGGACGAGGAUGUACCUUCUGCGCCGCCCCAAAGCGUUACGGCGGGUGUAAUAAACGCAACAUCGGCGUGGAUACGAUGGGAACCGCCACCUGUGAGCACGUGGAACGGUGAACUCACCGGGUACUUGAUCGAAAUCCGCGUGGGUGGUAGUACUGGAGGUCGCGUGGUUGGUCAGAUGUCGCUAGGAGCUCGCACCCGCGCGGCCGUGGCUAGCUCCCUUCGGUCUGGCGGCCGGUACAGCGCACGCGCCGCCGCUGUCACGCGACGCGGACACGGACCGUUCAGCGCGCCCGCGCACAUACACAUGCUACCCACGCAGUCACAAAGACACUACGUCCAGACUGAACCACCAAAAGAUUCCAACAUAACGCAUAUAUUUCAAGAAACGUGGCUCCUAGCUCUCGGCCUAACAUUAUUCUCUGUGAUUGCUAUCGGAGUGUUCAGCGUUUAUUACGUCAAGCGCCGAAAUAACAUUCAAAGGAAGAAAUCUACUGGUCAGUCAAUUGUAACAGCUCAACAAUGCCUAUUGAAUAAAGACACUAUUUGGUUGAGAGAGCGGCCAGUAUUCGCCGCUCCGAACGAUCCAACUCUAGACGUGAGCAGCUGUCAUCAAAGUCUGCUUCAUGGUGGGCAAUCAACAAGUAUUCUAAGUGUCGAGCCUGAAUACAGUCUGCCUCAGAAUUCCAUUCGCGGACCACCGGAACCUUACGCGUCCAGCGCAAUUUACACAGAACUCAAUUUCAAGGACAAUAAUGAAAUUGGAGACUUGAGAAAUUGUCCAGAAAGGCGAUCUCAUAACAAUAGCAUUGUGAGGUCGUGUAAUGGAAGUAUUCAAUAUUCGAACGGAGAAUGUUCAACGUGUUGCCAUAGCACGUCUAGUAGAUCAACUAAGGACUAUAGAGAACCGAGGCAUGAGAACGCACAUAAUGACAUUAAUGUCUUAGAGGACGACUGUGCUUCUUGUCAUACAAAUAGGUCCGGAUCAAGGAGUCGACAAGACAAAAGCAAAGUGUGUCCGGCGAGUGAUUUAGAGUAUGACUAUCCGCAGUGGCACUGGCUGGGCAGGGAGAACAGUUUCAAAAUUCCCAUUCAGACGAGUAGACAUUCGAAUGUAGCGAGGUCGGAGCAGGGCUGUCAAAUAAAUCUGUGUGAUAUACUGCCGCCACCGCCGUAUGAGAGUCCUGAAAAUAAGACCGUGUAUGGAACUCCAAACAAUUAG